ACAUAUUUGAUGUAAUUUAGGGUGCUGUGAAGAGUAGUCAUGGGCUAACAGGUACCCUGAUGAAUAUUGGAAAGGAAGUUGGAAGUGUUGUAGGAAGUUUAGUUUCCACAGGUGCAAAGACUUUAAACCGCUACAUUGAUCAUCCUUUAUUGAACCACUUACAAGCUGGUAAUGUUGUACAGUUGGUAUCUCGAGUUACGGGGCGCAGUCUGCAGAUCCUUCAAGCACAAGAUGGAAGAUUGGUAUUAGAUGGACUUGGUGGAGAAGGGCAUCAAUUCUUUAAUACUCACUUCACUGUAAUGAGAGAAGAAGACUGUAUUGUUCAACUUCACAACAACUUUAACUACCUAGCUAUCAUCAGUGGAACACUACAACUUCAUUCAGCUGGCUCUAGAAAUGCAGGAACUGGUUACUGUCGCUUUCGAGCUCGAGAGGUUCCUUUUGAUAAAAACUUCAUAGUCCUUGAGUCAGCAGUUGAAAAGGGAAGGUUCAUAGCUGUGUGCCCCAAUGGGGUUAUUAAGUCUGCCCUUGCUACAAGUUGCUCAGACAAAGACACCCAUUUUGGUGUACGUUUAAUUUUCAGUCCACGUGGAAUGCCAGCUGGGACACCAGUGAAAUAGGGUGGUGGGAUAUAAAUAUAGUAAAUAGAUGAACAAACACCUGAGUGAUGACAAUAGCUUCUAAUGUUAUGACUUCUAACCCUUCCAUCUUGAGCUUGCGUUUAUUUUUCUGCAUGUCCAAAACCGUAAUGUUAUUUGUAAUAUUAAGAAGUAACAAGUGUAACAGAUCAUACUUAAGCUAAUCUUAUAAACCAUUCUUACAAGAGAUACUACCCUAUGUUUCAAAAUUUUGUAAAGCCAGAUACUGUGUUAAAUUAUCCAAAAUUUUUCUUUUUAAUUAUGUUAGGACCAGCUUGGUGGUGGCAAACUUGAUAUUAACACAACAUAGAUAAUAGCAAUGUUUUCCCUCUAUUCAGUGUAUAUAUAUAUAUAUGUACAUAAUAUAAAAAUUAUUACUCUGCUUGUUAAAAUUAACAAAUACUAAAGAAGGUACGUUCUCCAAACAACUAUCUUAGUGAAGACCUUUUGUGGAGAUUUUACGAUAGUGCACAACAUAUGUUUCUGAUAUUUUAUAAAAAUGUUAACAUUAUAUUUGUUAUUUUGGCAAGAAUUCAUCUGAAUGCUUGUCUCUGUCCUAAUCACUGUUUAAUUAUGAAGAGAGUUCAUUACCAUUAAAAGAAUUCGUUAUCCUAAGAUAUUUAUGUUGUUUUUUGAUUAAUAGCUUUUUGUUGGUGCAAAUAAAAUCUGUAUGGAUAUUUUAACAUAAA